UCAGGAACUUUUCUCCAAAAAAGAAGUAUUAGUGUAACAACUUCAUCCUCCACUACGACUGGUGUGCUGACAAUUAACGGAUUAGGCGAAAGAAAUCUGAAAUAUUGUAUUUGUCCCAUAUCUGUGGUGUGUGCUCCCGACUUUGGACAAAGUUGUGACAAGAGCUAGAAGUGUAGCUUUGGGUUAUGCAAUGGCCGCUGCUAAGUUUUAAUCAACAGUGAAAAACACUGCGGAAUACUGGCCAAAGAGUCUUCAUGCUGCAUUCAUACAGAAUGGAAGGUUACCUCAUUUCACCUCCACCCGAAGAAAUGAUGACCUACGAUGCUGAUAUAUUUCGACCUCAAAUAGAAUAUUAUUCAUACUUUAACAGUGAUGGAGAAAGUCAUGGAGAUCAGACAUGGGACUAUCAUCCCCAUCAUGCGUAUCCUCCUGAGUGCGAGAGCAUUCCAGAAAACCAUCUGACAGAGCUGCAGAGUGUCCCACCCCCACAUAUUCCCAACUUGCACCGUCUAGGGGAGCCAGAGUCUGUAUACACGCUGGAGCCCGGUCUUGGGGGGCACCACUUGCCUAUACCUCCACCGAUGCCAUAUUACCCCCGGACCAUGUGCUUCCCACAUCCAUCCCCAGCCCAACGCAGUACAGAUGAAGAAGACCCGGGUGGCCGCAGCCCACCGUUUGAGGUGUCUGAUGGAGAGGGGGACCUUGGGGGCCGCAUCUCUUGCCCCCCAGGGGGAGAGGCAGGAAACAAGAAGAAGAUCCGCCUCUACCAGUUCUUACUGGACUUGCUCCGCAACGGUGACAUGAAGGACAGCAUCUGGUGGGUAGACAAGGACAAGGGCACCUUCCAGUUCUCGUCCAAGCACAAAGAAGCACUGGCCAACCGCUGGGGUGUGCAGAAGGGAAAUCGCAAGAAGAUGACUUACCAGAAGAUGGCCCGUGCACUUCGGAACUACGGCAAGACAGGGGAGGUUAAAAAGAUCAAAAAGAAGUUGACGUACCAGUUCAGUGGAGAGGUCCUGGGGAAAAUGCCCCUUGAACGGAAGAUGUUUCCCCACUUAUAGGUCAAGGACAAGUACAAUAUUUUACCAUUUACUCAUAGUUACACACCCAAUAUGUCAGCAAUUUAUACAUUCCACCUGGAAAUUUGACCUAGAAAAUCAUUUUUAGGUUCCAUGGUUUGAUGCAAGGCCUCAUUUCAGUAGUUUUUUCUGUGGAGAAAUGCAAACCAAUGAUAGCAUAAUUUGUUUCAGUUGCGUGCGUAGAAUUUAGAACAAUGAAGUUCUAGGAAAAAAUCCUGUAAACAGUUAAGAGCUUACCGAGACCUAAUUUUGUAAAUAGCAUUAAGUAAUUGUUUUCACAAUACCAGCAUGCAAUGUAAAUAGUUCAGAGGCGAUUGUGAAAAUGUAAAAAGGGAAGUGAAAUUGAAUGACACAGGCUCACAGAGUUGUCACUGGAAAACAGCAGCUUCCCACAGUCCAGAUGAUGUUCUAGUCAACACUGCCCCCGCUUGCCUGAAGACUCAGCUGAGUCCUGAUCACAGAUUGCAAAACAGCAGAAAAAGCUCUGAACUCUGCGUGUGUGUGCAUGCGUGCGUGUGUGUGUGUGUGUUCUCAGUUAGAAAUUCUGACCAAGAGCAGACCAAAGAAAAAAAGCACAGUAAAAGAGGAAAACUCAUUUUAAAAUUGUUACUGUUCAAAAAGUUGCUUUCUCUUUGUUGGUAGUCUUGAGGGAGAGCACGGUAUAUUAGUACAGAAGUCCAUAGUAGCGGGGGAACUUUCAUCAUGUUUACCAAGGACAUUUGUACGUGUAGCAAUUACAGUAAAUUUUAUUCACCCUGCUUCUGAGGUGAAUACAUGUUCAAGGUGUAAACAUUUUCAAGGUUUUAUCAUUUUAAGAUGACAAUCAUUUACAAGUUGUACAUGUGUCCAAUACUCCUUUGGAAUGUAUUAUAUGUUUUACUAAAAAGUUGAACAACAUUAUACUAUUUCUUCCAAAUAAAAUUAUUUAUUACUAAAAAACAUAUUUUAACGUCAAUGAUGAUGUUGCUCAAGCGGUAUUCUCAUGAUAAAUUACAUGACAUGCCUGAAAUUGUCAGCAAUCAGUGGUGUCAGCGCACAUGAUGAACUU